UAUAUAACUGUACUAAGAAAAAAAAAAAAGUGGGGGAGGGGCCUGACGGCCUACGUUGUUAACAUAAGAUGUUUGGCAUAUGAGGUAGCUUUAAAUCCGGGACAAAAUGAUUGCUAAAUGGCCACUCACAUCAAUUAAUCUAUAAAUUUGGUUUCAUGUCGCCCGCAAUUCACUGCAACCCACAAUUCUCUCACACUGCUUUUCAUCUCCUCCUCUGGUUUUUCAUCUCUAGCAAUUGAAAGAGAGAGGGAGGGAGAGGAAGAAAAAAGGUGCAAAAUAAGGCUGCUCUCUCCUGCUCUUGCUGAUCCUUCCCAAGGAGUGGAUCGAGGCAAUGGCCGCCACCUUCGCCGGAACCACACAGAAGUGCACCGCCUGUGACAAGACUGUCUACCUGGUUGACAAGUUGGCUGCCGAUAACCGGGUCUACCAUAAGGCCUGCUUCCGAUGCCACCACUGCAGGGGCACCCUCAAGCUCAGCAACUACUGUUCUUUCGAGGGGGUCCUUUACUGCAGGCCUCAUUAUGAUCAACUCUUCAAGCGAACUGGCAGCCUGGACAAGAGCUUUGAAGGAACACCCAAAAUCUUGAAACCUGAAAAACCUGUUGAGGAGAACGCGAAGGCAGUCUCGAAUUUGUUCGGGGGCACCAGAGAGAAAUGUGUGGGGUGCAAUAAGACAGUUUAUCCAAUUGAGAAGGUGACGGUUAAUGGGACUCCAUACCAUAGGAGCUGCUUCAAAUGCACCCAUGGAGGUUGCACCAUAAGCCCAUCCAACUACAUUGCCCAUGAAGGAAAGCUCUACUGCAAGCACCACCACAUCCAACUCUUCAAGGAGAAAGGGAACUACAGCCAACUUGAGAGCGACCGAGAAAAGAAUAUAAUAUCUGAGAAAGUCACUGCUGUGGAAAUUGCUGCUGAAUCAUAACCCACUUCAACAACUUCUCAUGUAGCACCCACCCUUCCCCUAUAGUUUGUAAUGAUGUCUUGCUUGUAAAAUAAGGUCUGUCUUAUGAACUUCUGUCAUAAAACUUGUGGACUUUCAGAUGUACUGUUGUGGGUUUGAUUUACAAGGUUUAGUUCAUAUAAAAUGUGCCUGUUGUGUUGUGUUUCA